UCUCUGGACUCAUCACGGUUAUACAGUAUUUCCUUCAGGGAUCCUACAGCUGAGAGCCUCCUAUCUUCUGACUGAACAUCUGAAAUGGAAUUAAAUGGUAAAAUCGCAGUAGUGACUGGAGCAGCGCUGGGGAUAGGAAAAGCAAUAACAGAGAUACUCCUGAAAAAUGGUGCCAAGGUAGCCCUCCUGGAUGUGAAUGAAACUGCAGGGAAGAGUUUAAAGGAAGCUCUGGACAAACAGUAUGGACAGGACAGGACUUUGUUCCUGAACUGUAAUGUUGAAUCAGAGGAGCAGUUCAAAGCUGCAUUUCAGAAAACUGCAGAACACUUCGGAGGAAUAGACAUCCUGUGCAACAACGCUGGCAUCUUGAAUGAGACCACAUGGGAGAAAACGGUCUCCAUAAACCUCAUGGGUGUCAUCCGGGGGACUUACCUGGCGCUGGAGCAAAUGAGCAAGUUGAGUGGAGGUCGGGGAGGGGUCAUCGUCAACACUGCAUCCAUGGCAGGUCUCGGGCCUCUACCAAGCUGUCCUGUCUAUACAGCCACUAAGCACGGAGUGAUCGGCUUCACUCGAGCCAUGGCGGCUGCCUCUACCGCAUCCGGUUACGGUGUGCGGUUCAACGCCCUUUGCCCAGGUUUCGUCCAAACUGACCUUUUCACCACAAUCCCAUCCAAACUGGGACAAUUCUCCCACCUGGCUGAUGCAACUCAUCAAAUAGCAGAAAAGUUUGGGAUAUUGACUGUGUCUGAGGUAGCGGAGUCCCUCCUGGAGCUGGUGACAGAUGAGACAAAGAAUGGGGAGGCCUUCCUGAUAUUUUCUCAAGGGAAGCAAUACUUUACUUUUCCUUCAUUCUCCUCAUAGCUCUCUGCAAUUACAAACCACAACCAAACUCAUACAGUACUGGGUCUUGUAAUCAAAACUGCAAUGUUUCUCAGUGCUUCAGUGUGCAAAAUAAAAACUAUAUGCCUCAA